CUGAUCUCUGGCAGCUAUUUUGAAUUUUUACAUAUAUGCAGAAUUCUAAAUACAGGGUAAUCUGGUGAGAUGUGUGGCAAAAUCAGCCACCUUAUUUAACUCCAACAAUUACUAAGGCCAGCUACUUCAAAACUUUGUGUCAUCCUUCAAAUUCAAGUGAGGGCUUUCUGUGCCUAGACCCAGUUUUUGUUAAAUAUCACUUAUGCAUUAGUCACUUUACAGCAGUGCCCAUCCCACACACCCCUGAGGCAAAAUCAGCCAAUAGCCAGGCAUGAUCCUUCUCUAGCAAACGGAACAGGCAAAAUAUUUUUAUGCAGCUGAUCAUCUCAGAGAGCUUUAAAAUCAAUAAUUAGUAUAUGAUUAUUUUAUCUCCUGUUGAUCAUAUAUUGGAUCAAAUGAAAUUUGAUCUACAACUGAUCAAUGGGAGAUGAAAAAGAUAACAUGACAACAUCAUGUUUGCAUUCUUUGUCAAAUGCAAGACCUAGACCACAUGGGGAGGGCACAAAGUAAUAAAAUGUCAAAUUUCCUAUCCCCGGGAUUUUAAGACAUGAUCAUAUGUUUUAACCCUUCAAUGAAAUGUGGUGGUUUGCAACCAUUCCCGAGAGAUCCAAAUGACAAAGACCCAUGCAUGGCCAUCCAACAUGGCGGCGUUGACGUCAGUUGCAAAAGAUUUAUUCCGCUGACUGAAACCAAAGAACGCCUUACACAAUGAAAAUUUUGCAAAAGAAAGAACAAGAAAUAUAAUACACGUUGACUUCACAUGUGUUGUGUAACAAGAUUGUUGUACCACAACAUCAGAUAUUUGAAGUCAAACCACGGCACUGGCCACUCCGAUACACUAAAGUAGAUCAAAACACAGGUGAACUCUGUUGGAGGGAUGGUGGAUGGUACCUUGAAAAUCUUCAGUUGCGGUAACAGCAAACCACAUUUUUAACAUGAUCAUGGCGUGGAAAGGGUGGAAAGCAAGCAACAACUACAACCCUUCAAGACAACUUGAACGGCAGUCGCCAACAGGCGCGGCUGCUAAAGGACUGGCUUGGUUCCUAAGUCAAAUAAGAUGGCGACCUCAUGAUCGCGAUUAUUGUUGAAUAUUUUCCUGUUCUCAGAAAUGGAAAUAGAACACUGUUGGAAUCAGUUUUGUCACAAUGCCGGAAAAGGUAAAAAUUAUAGAAUGGCAUCAGCUGGAAAAGAAGAAGUACUUUCUGUUUUUGAACGUGUACAUGUUGAGCACAAAUGCAGUCAUGUAUCCGGUCGACUUGAUCAAAACGCGACUUCAACUCCAGCGCACAAAAUCCCUUUACAAAAACACACUGGAUGUCGUUUUGAAGACUAUAAAACGCGAGGGGUUCUUGGGGCUGUACAAAGGAUUUCCAGUAAGCCAGCUCGGCGUUCUCAGCGGCCACGUGUACGCUACAAGUUACGAGAUAUCCAGGGAACAAUUUUCCACAUUCCAGAAUGCAUUCCGUGGUUUUAUAGCUGGUGGCAUAGCUGCCGUCAUAGAGCAGACAUUUAUCAAUCCAGUAGAUGUUAUAUCUCAACGUCUGAUGGUAGAAGGGCAAGGAGAAAGAAACAAACAGGGUGGCACCAUAAAGUCUGUUAAAAUUGCUAAGCAAGUGUUUAAGGAGCAUGGAGUUUCCGGUUUUUACCGUGGUUUCGCUGCGUCUUUAAUGGUCGAGGGUCUUUGGAGUGCCACUUGGUGGGCCUCUUAUAGCUUGUACUUGGAUGUGAUUGGGAAAAUGGUCCCUGAUGGGACGUCACACCUUGUUAUUAAGGGACUGUCAGGAAUGCUAGCUGGAAUCAGUUCAGCUGUGGUAGGAAAUCCGUUAGACAUCAUCAGAGUUAGAUUGCAGGUGGAAGGAAAAAAGUCUAUUGUGAGAACUCUACGAGAUCUACUGAAAAAUGAAGGACCCAUGGCAUUAACAAAGGGAAUGUUUGCUAGUGUACUUUCUGAGAUGCCAUGCAGUGCAAUUACAAUAAUAGGCUAUGAAAUGGUCAAGAAAUUAAGCUUAAAGGAAAAGGAGGAUUCUGGUGCUGAAUAUUUUGUGAAGGACAGAACAGAAGUUAACGUGACUUUACACUUCAGUGAUCUUAGCGAUAUAAAGCCCCGAGGAUCAAUUUUGUUUUGGCGCGCGGGCGCGCAGUUCCAUCAAAAUCUCACCUCAAUGCCAGAGGAGGUGAAACAGAUAGAAUGGCAGCAUAUUGAUAAGCUCAAAUACUACACCUUCGGUAGUGCUUUCUUCCUUGGUGUGAACGCCAUUUUAUAUCCAGCUGAUGUGAUCAAAACUAGACUUCAAGUUCAGCGUGCAAAUGCAUUGUACAAGGGCACCUUGGAUGCUGUGUUCAAAACUGUCAGAUCUGAAGGAAUUAGAGGGCUCUACAAAGGGUUUGUGGUCAGCCAGUUAAGUAUUUUAACGGGGCAUUUUUACGUGACAAGCUAUGAGGUUUCGCGUUCGCAGAUUUCAUUCCUCGGAGAUGGCUCUCGCGGGUUUGUGGCUGGUGGAAUUGCUGCCGUAAUGGAGCAGUUUUUAGGAAAUCCGAUCGAGGUAAUUUCUCAAAAGCUUAUGAUUCAAGGACAGGGAGAGACGAGCACAAAACUCAAAGGAGCUUUACAUAUCUCUACAGACCUUUUUAAAGACCACGGAAUGGGUGGGUUUUACCGAGGAUUUGUGGCCUCUUUGUUAACGGGAGCAUUGUGGAGCGCUGUGUGGUGGGGUUCGUAUGGUGUGUACUUGGACAUGAUUGGAGAUUACGCACCAGAAGGCACCUCUCAUCUGUUGAUUCAGAGUGUGGCCGGUGGAUUUUCAGGAUUAAAUGCAGCAGUCAUUGGAAAUCCCUUUGAUAUUGUUAAAACAAGGCUGCAGGUUGAAGGUGGAAAGUCGAUGACAAGAUCUUUCAAAGAGUUACUAAAGAAAGAAGGUCCAAAGUCCUUCACAAAAGGAAUGCUUGCUAGCAUAGUGUCUUGGGUUCCCUCAAGUGUCAUAAUGAUAGCCUCAUAUGAAACAGUGAAGAAACUCAGCUUAAAGGAGGAAGCCAUUGACUUGUUCCUGUAACAGGCAUUUAAAAGAAUGUUUUCAAGUCAACAUUCUCUCUAUGGGAAAAUCCUGGGUGCAAGGUUACUGGGGUUGCAUUGCCCCUUUUGGAGAAAUUGUAAAUAAAUCUGCUUGUGUUACAAUUGUUUUCAAAGGGACCUGUCUCAUUCUUUCAACUCUGAUUUCCAAACCUUGUUAUAAAAUCUUGGAUCUUAAUAGUUCCAGCACUUCUAGACUAUCUGGCAACACACUGCAAAUCCAGAAAAAUAGAAAUAUAUGUGUAGUUUGUGUGAACAAGUAAAUUAACCAUCAAAUUUGUUUAUUGCUAUUUAAAAGAUAUUAUCUCCCUGUGGGUUAAAACUGAGACCUAAGUUGUUAUGCUCAGCAACAGAGUUUGUCAGUGGCAAAAUUAACUCCUUUGAUUAUUUAUUGAUGCAAGAAAAGACACACCAACAACACUUGUGGCUCCCUUUUCAAGCUAAAAUAAAAAAGGGCCCAUUUUUUCAAGUGGCUCUGAAGACUA